AUCUCUUCUUGCAUGCAACUCACUGAGAGGGAGAGGCACGCUAAACCGUCUCUCUCUGCCUGCUGCAUCCCAAGCCAUUCAGGACCCUCCCUUCCUUCCCCCCCCCUCCCAGAGAGACACUCGGGAUUCUUACAGCCCCAAAGACGAAACAAACAAAGAGUUGAUUAAACAACCAAAAUCUCUUCUCAACUACCAAGAAGAGUCUUCCUUCCCCGCCUUCCAUUUGUUUAUAUUAAUGAUUUAGUACCCGUCUUGCCUGAAAACUUCCACUACGAGCAACUGCUGUGAGCUUCCAGGCAAGGAGUGACCUUAAAGGGCUUGCUUGUCAAGGAGUGAGGAAUUAGGGGCUGGAUCAUCUUCAGUACACAAUGAAGAAUGUCUUUGAUUUUGCUGCCCAAGGAAUCACACGUUUGCUGAAUUCACUACUACCCCUGCUUUGCUGCCAUCACAACUGCUUCUAAGGAACCGCAGUUUGGAAGCUGGCUAUUCACUCUGCCUCCACCCUUCACUGACAACAGCUGGCAUCAGCUAUCCAAGGCCACAACUGGAGAUCUGCCCGUGAUAAAAAAAGCUCCAUCUGAAGAAUUCUCACACCGUUUCCUCUUCUCCUAGGAUAAAGGCCUCUGGAUCCUAACGGAUAGCUGAGAUCUUUUCUUGGAAAGGAGAAUCUUCAUCUUCUUUCACGUGUUUCCCGCCUGUGGAAUUUAACGGCUACCGUGCCUAUUGCCAGAGCCACCUUUUCUUGGCUUGGGUGGCUUUGCAUUUGGUUUUCUCUCAAGGAAAAGCAGCUUCUUUCAAAAAUGGGCUUUACCCUCCACUCUGCCUCUUUCACUCUGAAGGUGAGCAUAUUGCUGGGCUCUUUGCUCAGCCUCUGUCUUGGACUUGAAUUCAUGGGCCUCCCCAAUCAAUGGGCCCGUUACCUCCGCUGGGAUGCCAGCACCCGGAGCGACCUCAGCUUCCAGUUGAAGACUAAUGUCUCUGCUGGGCUGCUUCUUUACUUUGAUGAUGGUGGUGUCUGCGACUUCCUCUGCUUGUCCCUGGUUGAUGGGCGUAUUCAGCUCCGGUUCAGUGUGGAUUGUGCUGAGGCCACAGUUGUCACGGAUAAGCAGGUCAAUGACAGCAACCUACAUUUCGUGAUGGUCAGUCGCAACCACCUCCGGACAGUAUUAGUGCUGGAUGGUGAAGCCAAGCCUGGCGAGGUGCGCCCGCAGCGCCAGUACAUGAAUAUUGUCAGUGAUCUCUUUAUGGGAGGUGUUCCAUCCGACAUCCGCCCUGCAGCCUUGACCCUCGACAGUGUCCUGAGUGAGUCGCCGCUUAAGGGAUUUAUCUUGGACCUGAAGUAUGGCAGCUCAGAGCCCCAGCUCUUGGGCCAUCAAGGGGUCCGAUUGGACACAGAAGGGCUAUGUACCGAGAACCCUUGUGAGAAUGGUGGAACUUGUUUCCUCUUGGAUGGCGAGCCGCAGUGUGAUUGCUCUGCCACUGGAUAUGUUGGGAAACUCUGUUCUGAAGAUGCCAGUCAGAUGCCAGGCCUUUCACACCUGAUGAUGGGUGAACAAGGUAGAAGUAAAGCAAGAGAUGAGAAUGUCGCCACCUUCCGUGGCUCUGAAUACCUGUGUUACGACCUCUCCCAGAACCCCAUUCAAAGCAGCAGUGAUGAGAUCACACUCUCCUUCAAGACAUGGCAGCGCAAUGGGCUUAUCCUGCACACGGGCAAGUCGGCCGAUUACGUCAACUUGGCUCUGAAAGACGGCGCGGUCUCGUUGAUCAUUAACCUGGGAUCUGGAGCCUUCGAGGCCAUUGUGGAGCCUGUCAGUGGCAAAUUUAAUGACAACCAUUGGCACGACGUUAAAGUGACACGCAACCUGCGGCAGCACUCAGGCAUUGGACACGCUAUGGUGACAAUCUCUGUGGAUGGAAUCCUCACUACAACAGGCUACACACAAGAAGACUAUACCAUGCUAGGCUCAGAUGACUUCUUCUAUGUAGGUGGGAGCCCCAGUACAGCUGAUUUACCUGGUUCUCCUAUCAGCAAUAACUUCAUGGGCUGUCUCAAAGAGGUUGUUUAUAAGAAUAAUGACAUCCGUCUGGAGCUGUCUCGCUUGGCAAGGAUUGGUGACACAAAAAUGAAAAUCUAUGGGGAGGUGAAGUUCACAUGUGAGAAUGUGGCCACGCUGGACCCCAUCAACUUUGAGACACCUGAGGCCUACAUUAGUCUGCCUAAAUGGAACACCAAGCGGAUGGGUUCCAUAUCCUUUGACUUCCGCACCACAGAGCCCAAUGGCCUUAUACUCUUCACCCAUGGCAAACCCCAGGAGAGGAAAGAUUCCAGGAGCCAGAAGAACACCAAAGUGGAUUUCUUUGCAGUGGAACUCUUAGAUGGGAACCUCUAUCUUCUUCUUGACAUGGGUUCUGGGACUGUCAAAGUAAAGGCCACUCAGAGGAAAGCUAACGAUGGAGAAUGGUAUCAUGUUGAUAUCCAGAGAGAUGGCAGAUCAGGUACCAUAUCUGUGAACAGCAGACGGACACCAUUCACUGCUAGUGGGGAGAGUGAAAUCCUGGAUCUGGAAGGGGACAUGUACCUUGGAGGGCUGCCUGAAAACCGGGCAGGCCUUGUCCUCCCUACUGAGCUCUGGACAGCCAUGCUGAACUAUGGCUAUGUGGGCUGCAUCCGAGAUCUCUUCAUCGACGGGCGGAGCAAGAACAUCCGGCAGCUGGCAGAGCAGCAAAAUGCUGCCGGGGUCAAAUCUUCCUGCACCCGGCUCAACACCAAGCAGUGUGAUAGCUACCCCUGUAAGAACAAUGCUGUCUGCAAGGAUGGCUGGAACCGCUUCAUCUGUGAUUGCACUGGCACUGGCUACUGGGGGAGAACAUGUGAGCGGGAGGCUUCCAUCCUGAGUUAUGAUGGCAGUAUGUAUAUGAAGAUUGUUAUGCCUAUGGUCAUGCACACAGAAGCAGAGGACGUCUCUUUCCGCUUCAUGUCUCAGCGUGCUUAUGGGCUGCUGAUGGCCACCACAUCACGUGAAUCAGCCGACACCCUACGCCUAGAGCUGGAUGGAGGCCGUGUCAAGCUCAUGGUCAACCUAGACUGUAUCAGGAUAAACUGUAACGCCAGUAAAGGCCCCGAGACCCUUUAUGCUGGACAGAAACUCAACGACAAUGAGUGGCACACAGUCCGGGUGGUGCGUCGAGGAAAGAGUCUCAAGCUGACUGUGGAUGAUGAUGUUGCUGAAGGUACAAUGGUUGGUGACCACACCCGCUUGGAGUUCCACAACAUUGAGACUGGAAUAAUGACAGAGAAGCGUUACAUCUCCGUCAUUCCCUCCAGCUUCAUUGGCCAUCUCCAGAGUCUCAUGUUUAAUGGCCUUCUCUACAUUGACCUGUGCAAGAAUGGCGACAUUGACUACUGUGAAUUGAAAGCCCGCUUUGGGCUCCGUAACAUCAUUGCUGACCCUGUCACCUUCAAGACCAAGAGCAGCUACCUGAGCUUAGCAACCUUGCAGGCCUACACCUCCAUGCACCUCUUCUUCCAGUUCAAGACGACCUCUGCCGAUGGCUUCAUCCUUUUCAACAGCGGGGAUGGAAAUGAUUUCAUUGCAGUUGAACUGGUCAAGGGGUAUAUACAUUAUGUGUUUGACCUUGGGAAUGGACCUAAUGUCAUCAAGGGCAAUAGUGAUCGACCUUUGAAUGACAACCAGUGGCACAAUGUAGUCAUCACCCGAGACAACAGUAACACCCACAGCCUAAAAGUGGAUACUAGGGUUGUUACUCAAGUUAUAAAUGGUGCCAAAAAUCUUGACCUUAAGGGUGAUCUUUACAUUGCUGGUCUGGCUCAAGGAAUGUACAGCAACCUCCCAAAGUUGGUAGCAUCCCGUGAUGGAUUUCAGGGCUGCCUAGCAUCAGUUGACUUGAAUGGGCGUCUGCCAGAUCUGAUCAACGAUGCUCUACACCGCAGUGGGCAAAUUGAGCGUGGAUGUGAAGUUGAGUUGACCAAAGCUGACCUGCAAGGACCAAGCACCACCUGUCAAGAAGACUCUUGUGCCAACCAAGGCAUCUGCAUCCAGCAGUGGGAAGGCUUCACCUGUGACUGUACCAUGACAUCAUAUUCUGGGAACCAAUGCAAUGAUCCGGGUGCCACAUAUAUCUUUGGGAAAAGUGGAGGCCUCAUCAUAUACACCUGGCCGGCAAAUGACAGACCCAGCACAAGGACAGACCGCCUUGCUGUAGGGUUCAGCACAACUGUGAAAGAUGGCAUCUUGGUUCGGAUUGACAGUGCCCCCGGCCUUACUGACUUCCUGCAGCUUCACAUAGAACAAGGCAAGAUUGGAGUAGUUUUCAACAUUGGUACGGUUGAUAUCUCUAUCAAAGAGGAGAGCACCCCAGUAAAUGAUGGCAAAUACCACGUUGUGCGCUUUACCCGAAAUGGUGGCAAUGCUACUCUUCAGGUGGAUGGAUGGCCAGUGAAUGAACACUACCCUUCAGGCAACACUGAUACUGCGUUCCAAUUGGUAAAACAGAAAAUCCCCUUCAAAUAUAACCGGCCCGUAGAGGAAUGGCUGCAGGAAAAAGAUGAUGCAACACCGCAUCACCACUUGACUUCGAGACCCGCCACGACGACCAAAAUUGGACGACAGUUAACGAUCUUCAACACCCAGGCGCAAAUAGCCAUUGGAGGAAAAGACAGAGGGCGUCUCUUCCAAGGCCAGCUCUCCGGUCUCUAUUACAAUGGCUUGAAAGUGCUGAACAUGGCAGCUGAGAACAACCCCAACAUAAAGAUCAACGGAAGCGUCCGACUAGUUGGAGAAGUGCCAUCCAUCUUGGGAACAGCACCCACAACUUCCAUGCCACCAGAGAUGUCAACAACAGUCCUGGAGACCACCACGACUAUGGCUACCACAACAACCCGAAAAAAUCGUUCCACACCCACCAUUCAGACAACAGAUGACCUCGUUGAUUCAUCAGCAGAAUGUGAUGACGAAGACCUUGUUGAAUGUGAGCUGAGCGUAGGUAAGCCAGGAGGAGAAUUAGUUAUCCCUCUUCUUGUAGAAGACCCUUUAGAUAUCCCUCCUAUUGCUACUCGUGCACCUUUCAUUACACUCCCCACUACCUUCCGCCCCCUCCUCACCAUUAUUGAGACCACCAAAGAUUCCCUGUCCAUGACCUCUGAGGCGGGGUUACCUUGCUUGUCGGACCAAGGCAGCGAUGGUUGUGAUGAUGAUGGCUUGGUGAUAUCUGGGUAUGGCUCAGGGGAAACCUUUGACUCUAACCUACCCCCUACUGAUGAUGAAGAUUUUUACACCACCUUCUCCUUGGUAACAGAUAAGAGUCUUUCCACUUCAAUCUUCGAAGGUGGCUACAAAGCACACGCACCCAAGUGGGAAUCCAAGGACUUUAGACCUAACAAAGUCUCCGAAACUGGUAGGACUACUACCACAGCUUUGUCCCCUGAGCUGAUCCGCUCCACAGCUUCGUCCUCGACUGGGAUGGUGCCCAAAUUGCCAGCCGGCAACAUGAAUAACCGUGACCUCAAACCCCAGCCUGAUAUAGUCUUGCUUCCGUUGCCCACUGCCUAUGAGCUAGACAGCACAAAACUGAAGAGCCCGCUAAUAACUUCCCCCAUGUUCCGUAAUGUGCCCACAGCAAACCCCACGGAGCCAGGAAUCAGACGGGUUCCGGGGGCCUCAGAGGUGGUCCGUGAGUCGAGCAGCACAACGGGGAUGGUCGUCGGCAUUGUGGCUGCUGCCGCCCUCUGCAUCCUGAUCCUCCUGUACGCCAUGUACAAGUACAGGAACAGGGAUGAGGGGUCCUAUCAGGUGGAUGAGACGCGGAACUACAUCAGCAACUCGGCCCAGAGCAACGGCACGCUCAUGAAGGAGAAGCAGCAGAGCACAAAGAGCGGCCACAAGAAACAGAAAAACAAGGACAAAGAAUAUUACGUGUAAAAAUACUUAUUUAUAUAUAUAAAUAUAUAAAUACUUAAUGAGAGAUAACUGAAUCAAACUGUUACAGCUAACAAAAUUGGGAGCUACAAUUUGUGGUUUAAAACACAUAUUGAGAACAAACAUUUCGGCUGUGACUGCUAAGUUUUCAGUCAUCACUUGGAGUCCCCAAACUCUGCCCUACUGUAUCAUAAAGCACACUUAGCGUUCUGAAGAAGGCGUAUGCAGCAUUCCGAUGUUGGCGGACUUUAAAGCCUUCAGAUCUCCUCCUCAGCUGAACUUUUCUGCAAAAGCAGAAGACUUCAUGGCUUACUUGUUUCGUAUCUCCAAGUGAGUCUUUAAUGAUGUUCAUGAUCUUUGACUGUACGCUAAUUUUUUUCAGUUUAAUUAUUUUAAAAAAUAACAAAAAAAGAAAAAGAAAAAAAUAAAUGCAAAUGUUAUAAACAAAACAGAACAACUGAUCUGGCCGUGUCCAGGCCUAAGUAUCAUUUUUCAAGAUGUGAGGGGGGAAAGAAAAAUAAAUGGUUUGGGGUUUUCAUUAUGUUUUUUGUCUGGUUUUUUUUUUUUUUUCAUUUUCUGUGAGGGUUUUUGGGAGAAUGAGCCAGGACAUAAGUCAAGAAGAAUUACUGGGGAAAAAAUAGUUUUUUUAAAAAAAAAAGCGAGAGAGACUAUUGCCAUAUAUGAACUCAAGAUCUACACACGGUGUUCGCUCUACAUAUCAGGUUGUGUUGUCUCUUGAAUCUGUUGUCUGCAGUAAGUUGUUAACGUUUUUUAAAGCAUGUGAAGGGGUGGCAAUGGUGGUGGUGGUGAUCAUGAUGGUAUUGAGAAUGACAGUAAUGGAAAACUGGAUACCCUCCCCCCCCUCCAGGAUCUGGCUCCAGUAUUUGUAACUGAAGUCACAAGGAGAUAACAUUGUUUCUUCUUUGACUGGGGGCCAUUGGGUGUAUUUGACUACCAUUUGGUAUACAUUAGCUCAGCUAAACUAUUAAAAAUGGGAUUUAGAAACCAAAACAAACAAAAUACUUAGCCAUUCUGAAUUGAACAGCCCCAGCAAAAAUAAAGGAGCCAUUCUCUGGGUUUUGGCUCCUUGGCUGACUGCAAUGCAUGAAUGCAAACAAGAAUAAUCGAUUGAAAAAAGUGUUCAGAAAUACUAUAUUGAGUUCAACUUGUGACAAGAACCACAGAACGUCACACAAGCCAAAAACAUGUCACACAGGACUACAAAGUGGGGUGGGUUGUGUUUUUUUAAAUCAUGGUGUGUUUCAUAUGUAACAAUUUAAUUUUGUAGACUGACAUUUCUGAUUCGCUGUCCUUCCAUUUGCCCUAUGCUCCCUUUCCCUUCUCUUUUAUAAGAAAGAAAAUAAAUUUAAAAAGUCGCUAUGACACACAGAAAUAAAAAAAACCUAAAGGAGCUUAUUAAUAGUAUAAUAUAUAUAAAUAUAUAUAUAUACAGAUAUAUUUAUCAUGGUAUGUUUGAUGGGACGACUGGAACAGAAAUGCUGUUAAAGUCUUAAUACAAAAUGAGAAUGUUGUAAAGAAAAAUGUUUUUACAAAACAACAAAAAGCUAAACUUUAAAAUGUGAAGAGAGUGUGCAUUUUAACUUUGUCACAGUUAUCUGUGUCAAAAAAAUUAAGAAAGAAAUAAGAUUUUGUUUACAUAUUUUACUACAAUUUUUUUUCUGAUGUAAUUUCUAGAUGGGUACCCUGAUGUACAUAAUGCUCUGAGAUAUUUGGGUUGUUUAUAUUCAAUGUACUUAAUCUUGGUUGUUUUUUAAAUUUAUUAUUAUUAUUAUUAUUCCUUUUUUUUUUUUUUGAAAGAGAGCCACUUACUGUACAGGAAAAACAACCGACUAGGGGGUUUUCUGGCCACAAAUAUCAUGUGCAAAAAUUUUAAAAAGUGAAAGAGUGGAAAAGAGAGGAAAAGAGAGAGGAGACAGAAAAAAACACCCAAAAAUGCUUAUAGGACUCUGGCAUAUUAGAAAUGUACAAUUUUUCUGUGUACAGAUGAAAACUAAUCAGCUGUUUAGGUUUAGAAAUCUACUCUUGCUGGUGUUUAUAAGUCGCAUGAAUAUUUGACUUUGAAGAAGUGUUAUCCAAUGCACACACGCACAUGGGAAUAAAAUAAAACAAAGGCAGCCUUCUCAUAUGGUUUGAGAGGAGGCUUUCCUGGCUAACAAAUCUUUUCAGUGUGUGUGAGGUUUUUUAUUUUAUUUUAUUUUUAAUUAUUUUUUUACACUACAACAGAAAAAAAAUAAAGACAGGUUUUAAAAAGGUAUGAAAGCACGAUUUUAGACAACCUAACUGGCCGAACAUAUACGGAGUUGAUUAUAUCUUGAUGUCUGUAAAAGAUUGCUGCUGUUCUUGGAGUCUUGGAGUCUUGUGAAAUGAUUUUCUGCUUUCUUUAUCUUUUUUAAAAAUUUAGGAAAAACCCACCUUUCUGUUCCUUUUUUUUUUUUUUUUGUCUGUUUCUAUUGGACAGUUUUUUGGGAACAUGUGCAUUUCUGUAUUUGGGCUUCUACCAUAUCCCUGUUGUUUUAUGGACAGAACCCUGAAAAUUUUAUUUUAACGUUAGUGUGCUGUUAUUGCUUUUUUUUCUUCCCUCCGCCCCUUCUUUCUUCUCCUGUUCUUUUCUUUUCAUAAUUGCCUUUUCGUUCAAGGAUAUGCUUAGCAAUAAAAUGUUCUUCCCAAA